CAAGCCAAUCACAGAGAACCACGACCAGAGUUGGAUGUGGAUGUACUUAUACAUGACGCUACGUAUGGUGAUAGCUAAACGUCUGCUAGGAUGGCAGCGGCACAAUUAACCAGGAUAUUUCUAGUCAAUUUAAUUCUAUGCGUUCUAUUUGUACUGGCCGGGAGGGACUUCUACUCCAUCCUCGGGGUAUCACGAAAUGCAAAUACCCAUACAAUAAAAAAGGCGUACAGAAGAUUGGCCAAGGAAUUGCACCCGGAUAAGAACAAGGAUGAUCCGGACUCAUCACAAAAGUUCCAGGACUUGGGGGCUGCCUACGAGGUUCUCUCUGACACAGAAAAAAGAGAAAUGUACGAUAGGUGUGGUGAGGAGUGUCUGAAAAAAGAUGGCAUGAUGAACAAUGCCGAUCCCUUUGCCAGCUUCUUUGGUGACUUUGGAUUUCAUUUUGGCGGUGAUUCACAGCACCAACAUGAAACCCCCAAGGGAGCAAACAUUGUCAUGGAACUGCCAGUGACGUUGGAAGAACUUUAUAGCGGAAACUUUAUAGAGAUAACAAGGAACAAGCCAGUAAUGAAAGCUGCCGCGGGAACGCGAAAGUGUAACUGCAGGCAAGAAAUGGUAACACGAAAUCUAGGCCCAGGUAGAUUCCAGAUGAUGCAGCAAACAGUUUGCGACGAAUGUCCGAACGUCAGAUUAGUAAACGAAGAACGGACACUGGAAGUCGAAGUGGAACCGGGGAUGGUGGAUGGACAGGAAACGAGAUUCACUGCCGAAGGGGAACCGCAUUUGGAUGGAGAUCCCGGAGAUUUAAUAAUCAAAAUACGCACCCAACCGCAUCCCGUUUUCGAAAGAGUUCAAGAUGAUCUUUAUGCCAAUGUGACUAUAUCUCUGCAGGACGCUUUGAUAGGGUUCACUAUGGAGAUCGAUCACCUAGAUGGGCACAAAGUCACCAUACAGAGGGAUAAAAUAACUUGGCCAGGAGCUAGGAUCCGAAAGAAGGGCGAGGGCAUGCCCAAUUAUGAAAAUAACAACCUCCAUGGUACUUUGUACAUCACGUUUAACGUAGAGUUCCCAAAAUCCGAAUUUUCGGAAACCGAAAAAGAAGAUAUCAAGAAGCUCCUGCGGCAGGGUUCUGUAAACAAAGUGUACAAUGGACUAAGAGGGUAUUAGUGAAAAAAAUUAAAUCAACAAUUAAGAGAAUUAUCAAUAAUGAAAAAGAAUAACGUAGCAGGCAACAUCAUGAAUUGUACGCCAACGAAUGAUCCGUCGGCGUUAUUUAAGAAGGGCUCAAUAGUUUACGAUUUCCGACUACAACUCGUUCAAUUUCCGCCAAGUUGUUUAAAGAUUGACAUUCAUAUGUAAACAAAAAUAGUUAAGUCAUUAUUAGAUUCGAUAAUUUUGUAUGUUUGACAAACAGUUAAUUGAAAAUGUUGCAUGUUAUGAUGCUGCGUCUUGUUUCAAUUAUACGGAUGUUUUUUGAACGUAAAAAUACAUGGAGCACAUGUCGCAGCAUCCUAGCCGGCUAUAAAGAUUUCUUCUAAUUCUCUUCAAAUAACAUGAGAUAGAAAAUUUAUAAUAACUGCCUUACGCAAUGUAUUUCAUUAUCUUUAUUCUACUGAACAAGAACCGAACGGAUGAUGUGUAAUUUAUAAGUUAUUAUUAGUAUCAUUAUGAUUACUGAUGUGUGAAUGGCCAAUAGGAUGCGCAGAAAUUAUUGCGACGCAUAGACUUAAGAAAAUUUUUGCAUUAAUAAUGUACAACUAUUAAUAUAUGCAAUGCAUGAUGAUGUUCACAAGUUAUACAGUAAGUGAAAAAUCAA